AGACCAUAACACACGUAUAAGAUCUUUCGUCUUGUUGACCUUAAGUAGACCACAUUUUAAAACAUAUUAGCGGUGCUCUAACAGACAAGAUCGUGUCCCUAAAGCAAUCUUCGUGGAUUAAGCAGGGAUGAGUAGUACUCCAAAGGCAAUUUUAUUCUGCAUUUGAUCAAAGCAAAACAUCUUUUUCGAUCGAUAUGUCUUCAAGGGAUGUCGAGGUCGUUCUAAUUUUGAGAUCAAAGGCGGACGUUGACUUCACCCUUUCUGAUCAAGACGGUCAUAUCAUUGCAUCCUAUUUCUCAGAAGAGAAAUCGAAGAUUCCAGGCGGAAGUUAUUUGUAUUCCAUAAAUAACCAUCCACUCCAUGGCUCAGCAGCUACACUAUUGAAUGACGUUAAUCACACUAUUGACUCAGAGGAAAGCUAUCCAUUGACACUGAUAUUCAAGAGUGAGCCUGACAAGAAAUUAAAAAAGAAGUUGACUCUUCCAUUACCUGAUGACUUCUUGGGAGAAAUUCCAGCCCUGACAGAGGAAGAAAUUCAGGAAUAUACGAAACUAGCCAAGACAUGGGUGCAAGGUCUUCUGGAUGCCUCAACUUCAGAUAAAGGCUUCAACUACAUUUGUACUAAGGAAAAUGUUGAUAUAUACCAAGGACAUGACCCUGAUAAAAAGAUUCAGCUAGUUCGUGGUCAAACAAAGAUCAAAUGUUCUGUGGACGAAAUGAGAGCAUUUAUGAUUGCUCCUACAACGGAUUCAUUCAGACGACUCUUUCACAUGAUUGAUGUUCACUUCCAAGAUGGCUUGGUGCUCCACAGAUUUCCAACCAACUACAAGCAUCCAGACGUUCCCUUUUAUUCCAUCAAAUGGGGUAUAAUGGGAAUACAGUCUAGUCCACUGUGGUUACGAGAUGUAUGCUGGCUGGAGUAUGGUGAUAUGAUGAAUGAUGAGAAUGGUGUUCAGAUGGGGUUUGGUGUGGCUUCUUCAAUUAAGAGGCCAGAGUGUCCGACAAUGGAGAAUUACAAAUUAGUUAGGGCGGAUAUGAUGUGCAGUGGUUAUGUGUUUAGAAAGGUACCAGAUGAACCAGACUGUAUGCAGGUAACAUACAUUGUACAAGCUGAUCCAAAGGGCUGGUUACCCAAAUGGGCUGUCAACAUGUUUGCCUGGCAAGAAGCCUUGAACUUGGCAAGGAUACGUAAUAAUGCAGAGGGGAUUCACCAAGCCAAAGAAAAGAUGUCGGACCACAACAGAAAUGGAGCUGCUGUCCAAGGUGUCCUCAUCCCACAUGGUAAACAAUAUGACAUUGAUAUCAAAGUCACUGGCCACAUGUCAGUGCUUUCGUUUGGCUUCAGCACCUUACAACAUGACAUUGGGUUUUAUAUAMGUGGAUUGACCGGAGAUGUGUCCUGGAGUGAAAACACCAGAUACCAAGCUGAUCAGUCACCCAUAUCAGGACAGGUUAAUCUUUUUGAAGGUCGAUAUCAUCUAGUGUUUGAUAAUUCCUACAGCUGGUUCAAGUCUAAACAAGUGUAUUAUUGGUUCAGCGUCAUGGACAGCUGACAUCAGCCAAGUCCAGUUUAAAAUUAGCAGGGGAUAGGGUGGAUAUUUCAGGCAUAAGUUUGAAAAGACUUUUUCAGCUUGAGUGCAAUGCUUUUCUAUUUUGGGCCAGGAGGUUCAAGCCCUGACCAUACACGUCCACACAUUUAAAAAUUCUAAAAUGGGAAGACAAUCAGAAGCGAUUAUACUCAUGCUCUGAGGAGCUAGAAAAAUUUUGUUUAUGUGGUACAAAAAAAAGCUAUCACAUGAUUUUGAUGAUUUUGGACCGAGAUGAAAACAACCAGGUGCUACAGUUUACUGAUUGCAUAGUUUGAGUUAAUCAUCCUUGAGCACUUGAUUACAAGACUGCCUGGGGAAAACAUUCUCCAUCCAACAUGGCUGCCAUAUGAGAAAAGUUGUAGUUCUCCUAACCACCCUUACUUAUCCAUCAAUAAACAGACAAGGUGUAUAGUAUUUAUGUAACGGUGUAGGCUAAACUAUUGAGCUGUAUUUUGUAACUUUGUAUCCUUUCGAAAAAAUUAAAGAAUUAAAAAAUCAUGAUAGGUCCA